AUGGCGGCAUCAACAUGGGGUAGUUACAUACUAUUGUUUAUGUACUUGGUGGACUUGUCACUCAGCUCUUCUGCUUACAGUUUGAAAACUGAAACAGCUUCCACUGAUGCUGAGAAUGAUGAGACAAAAGUAGUCCGUACACUAGGUGGAGCGAUGGGGCAUUGGGGUAGUGGCGGUUGGGGAGGUGGCUGGGGAGGUGGAUGGGGUAAUUGGGGUGGAGGUGGUGGUGGUGGUGGUGGUGGGACCAACGGUGGCGGAGGAGGUGGUGGUGGUUAUGGGAACGGAGGAAACAGUGGAGGCGGCGGCGGCGGCGGUGGCGGAGGAAACAAUGGAGGCGGAGGCGGAGGAGGUGGUGGCAGUAGUGGCAAUGGAGGAAACAAUGGCGGAGGUGGAGGAGGCGGCGGGAAUAGGGGAAACAAUGGCGGAGGCGGUGGAGGUAAUGGCAAUGGAGGGAACAACGGUGGAGGCGGAGGUGGCGGUGGGAACAACGGUGGAGGAGGAGGUGGUGGAGGUAAUGGCAAUGGAGGAAACAACGGUGGAGGAGGAGGUGGCGGUGGGAACAACGGUGGAGGCGGAGGUAAUGGCAAUGGAGGAAACAACGGUGGAGGCGGAGGUAAUGGCAAUGGAGGAAACAACGGUGGAGGUGGAGGUGGCGGCGGUAAUGGCAAUGGAGGAAACAAUGGUGGCGGUAACGGGAAUGGUGGGAACAACGGUGGAGGGGGCGGUGGCGGUAGAGGUAGCAGCAACGGAGGUGGGGGUGGUUGGGGAGGAGGAGGUGGUGGUGGUGGUGGAUGGGGAGGUUGGAUACCAGGAAAUCCUUUCCAAUGUGUGCCACAGCACAGCAAAUGCCAAGGUUGCCAAGCUUUCAAGCUGUACUGGAAUAAUGAUCACCUCCAUAUCCUCACUCAAAAUGGUGCUCAUUCUGUGGCCAUUCCCUUUAAGCUUCAUUCCACUUCCACCACACAGUCAUCUUCUGCUGCUGCUGCUGCAGCCUUGGCACCUUAG